GAGAUCAAAUCCAAUAAAUAGAGUGAAGAGGAAAUGGAGAGUCCUAAUGGGUGUUCAAGAAAGGCAGCUAGUAAGGGUGUUUCCCUUCAAGAACUAAGAGAGAGGCUUGCAGAGUUUGCUAGAGUCAGGGAAUGGGAACAACAUCACACCCCUAGGAAUCUCCUUUUGGCUCUUGUAGGAGAGGUGGGGGAACUGUCAGAGAUAUUCCAGUGGAAGGGAGAAGUGGCAAGAGGAUUACCCAAUUGGAGCCCUGGUGACAAGGAGCAUUUAGAGGAAGAGCUCUCUGAUGUUUUGCUGUAUCUUGUCCAAUUAGCUGAUGUUUGUGGCAUUGAUCUAGGCCAAGCUGCCCUAACAAAGAUUGUCAAAAAUGCUCAAAAGUACCCAGUUAACCCAAAACCCUCCCCCAACUACAACUAGCCACAACUUUUCUACCCAACUGUUUGUGCAUUUGCUGGCUCUCUCUUUCAGUCUUGAACCUGUCACCUGUAGCUUGAGCAGAAAAUUUGCUAUGUAUCAGGCACAAGUACUAUAUAUGAGCCUAUGACGAUGUAUCUUAGGUCUAGUCUAUCUUACGAUUCACAACCGUCAGAAUCCCACGAACAAACAUUUUUGUUGGAACGGUAGGGAUUGGAAUGGUUAGGGAUUGCUUCAAUCAAACAGUUUGCGUUGAUAGUGCUUUAAAGGCAA